CUUAUAAAAAGCAAAGGAGCUGUGGGGAAACUGUAUCAGAACCAUCUGAGCAGUCAAGCAGCAGCCAACGCAACGCAAGCAAACCAAAAUUCAACAAUCAUGAAGUGCAUCGCAGCUGUAGUCAUGAUGGCCGUUGCCGUUGCCGUCCAGGGAUCGUCCGUCACCUACUGGGGCAAUGGAGCAGCGCUGCAGCAUUUGGCGCCGGUUUCGGUCGGUAGCUGGGUACAGGAUAAUUCUUACGGCAGAAUUGUAUCCCCGUGGAACUACGCUUACCAGGCCCCGGUCGCUACCGUUGCCGCUGCUCCAGUUGCCUACGCCGCACCGUACACUUACCAGCCGGCCGUGGCCGUCGUUGCCCAGAAGGAGGCUCGCUAUCUGGCCGCCAACCGUGGUGCGGUGCAUGAGGCCCCCCUGCCCGGACAUGUCGUCAACCAGCAGUCGCUGAACCUGGAACCCGCACCCGGAACUCUGUAAAAAUGUUUUAUAAAAAGGCAACCGGUUAACCGUUGAAUGCUGCAAAUAAAAGCUCGUUGUGAUAUUGUAA